CGUUUCUGUGCAAAAAGAAAAGCACGCUUUACGUGUGCGCACGGCGACAACACGAGCCCCAUUUUCUGUAACACUCUUGAGCGGGUCGGUUUUAAAUCCACCUUUUUUCAUUGAUUUCAUUUCAUGAGCUUAAACUUUCUCUCCAGAAAACUUUAAGCUAAAGGAAUAACCCCCAAAAUGACCCUCAAGUCAGAUGCUCCAACUUUCAAAUCCCAGUAUAUAACUGCUGAGCUGGUUCGUCUAUUCAGCCAAUCAGACAGCGAGGAGGAGUUUGAAGGAUUCAGCGAGGAUGAGGCAGAAGAGGACGGAGGAUGCUUCCAAAAGCAGCAAAAGACCAAAGUUGUUGACUCAGAAGGGGAAAGCGACAAAGACACAGGCUUCUACUCGGACGGCGAGGAGCCACCUGAGCCGAAGAGGAGGAGCCUGUUGGUCGCGCUUAGGUUUCCAGGCAAGAAAGGACCUGCCCCCCCAAAAAACCAGAAUAAGAGAAAUGUUACUAAGCCAGCCAGAGGGGGUGAUCUGCCUCGGAGAGGGAGAGGAAGGCCGAGGAAGGUCAACAGGGAGGAGGAGGAGGAGGAGGAGGAGGAGAAGGUGGUGGUGAAGGAGAAGAAGGAGCCCCUGUGCCAAAGCCUGAUAAAACGAGAUCGCAACAUACAGGAAAACAAAGCCAUGCUCGCAAAGCUGUUUGCUGGUCUGACCUCCCUGGCUGACCUGACUCCGCUGGACACGCCUCAGAAGAGGAAGAGGAUAUCGCAGAAGGUGUCGCCGCAGAAGCGCAGGUUUAAGUCCGAUGUGGGGUCAGAGAGGAGGAACCCGUCGCGUAAGGCUCGUCCUCCGGAGAACUUCGGGGUGGAGGAAAAACCUGAGCCAGCUCGCGUCAGAAAACCACGGACUCUGGACAUCUGGAGACUGAUGGAGGUGGAUGAGGACCUUAUUGACGGGAGAAAGAAAAACAGAAGAAGCCCCAGGUCCAGGAAGAGUCAGUUCCUGGUGAAGUCGGUCGACGAGAUCACCGACGAGGACCUGGAAAACGUGGCGUACCGCAGCAAAGACAAGAUCUGGGACAAAGACAAUGGAAGCUCAUGCCACCAGUGCAGACAGAAGACUCUGGACACCAAGACGGUGUGCCGUAGUGGUUACUGCGUGGGGGUCAAAGGUCAGUUCUGCGGACCGUGCCUGAAGAAUCGCUACGGAGAGGACGUGCGCACCGUUCUGCUCGACCCGACGUGGUCGUGUCCCAUCUGCCGGGGAAUGUGUAACUGCAGUCUGUGUCGUAAGAAGGAGGGCCGCUGCGCCACGGGGACCCUGGUGGCCCUGGCGCGCUACAACGGCCACGAUAACGUCCACGAGUAUUUGGAGAGUAUCCAGAAGGAGCUGCAGUGAAAUCCAGAAAACCAAACGUCUUCUGGUGCUGCACCAUACUGUAAAAACAUUUUAACGCACAUUUUAAUUCCCAACACAUUCCUGACCUUUUAUCCAACUUUGUUGGGAUUUUUUUUAAAUGUCACCUUAAUGAGUUUCAUACUAUUGGUAUUUUUUUUAUAUAUAUACAUAUGUAUAUCCUGGUUUGUGUUUGUGUUGCAGGGAUGUUCUUGUUGUUUAUGUAAGAUCUUUAAGUUGUACAAUUUUUUUUUUCUUUUACCUAAAUGUUGUAGUGUGCCUUUUUAUAGCAAAAACUGAAGCUUUGAUUCAAAUAGCCUUGUAACACUUUAUACCAUUCUCACUGGUUUAUUUUUUACAUCUUAAUAAAGUUUGUGAAAAAGAGAA